AUGACUAAACGAAAAUAUUAUGUUGUUGUCAAAGGAAGAAAAUGUGGGAUUUUUAAUACAUGGUCCGAAUGUGAGAGCCAAGUGAAGGGAUUUUCGGGAGCUAAAUACAAAUCAUUUGCAACCAUGGAGAUGGCAGAGGAAUAUUUAAAAGAGGAGGGAGGAACAAACCAAGAUAAUUUGAGCUCAGGUUUAGAGCUCGUAAAUAAUGAAUCAUCAUCGUUAUGCAAACGCAAAAUAGAAGAAUCCGAUCAGAAAAUAAGUUUUGAACCAUCAUCAACUCUCCAUGUUGGAGAAAUUAAUGAAAGAAAUAACAACAUCAAUAAUGAAGUACAGAUAGAGCCAGAAACAAAGAAAGUAAAACUUACCCAGCCACCUAAUUAUAAACAAAUUUACACAGAUGGUUGCUGUUUCGGUAAUGGCACCGGAAAUAGCGUUGCUGGAAUCGGUGUUUGGUUUGGUGAAAAUGACCCUCUAAAUUUCAGUGGAAGACUUGAAGGACGAAUUCAGACCAACCAGAGAGCUGAAAUUAAAGCAUGUGUAAUAGCUCUUCAAAGACUACCUCAAGAAUAUAAAUUUGUCGAGUUACUAACAGAUUCUAGAUAUGUCAUCAAGGCAAUGACUGCAUGGAGAUUUGUUUGGGAGAAGAAUAAUUGGAGAACGAAAGACAAUAAGGAUAUUCAAAAUUUAGAUUUGUUUUUGGAGCUUAUUGAUGAAAUCAAAAAAAGAACAAAAGUGAAAUUUACAUAUGUACAAGGUCAUUCAAAUAUUCAUGGCAACGAGAAAGCGGAUAUCCUGGCUAAACAAGGGGCUUCAAUGUGA